GCCGGGAGCCGGCUGGCCCGCGCUCCUCCUGCCGGCCGGGGAUUUUCCAGCCUGGGCGCUGUCGCCUCGGACCUCCUGCGGCCGCGGCGGACCAUGGGCGACAAAGGGACGCGGGUUUUCAAGAAGGCAAGCCCGAAUGGAAAGCUCACUGUCUAUCUGGGAAAGCGGGACUUUGUGGACCACAUCGACCUCGUGGACCCUGUGGAUGGCGUGGUCCUCGUGGAUCCUGAGUAUCUCAAGGAGAGGAGAGUCUAUGUGACACUGACCUGCGCCUUUCGCUAUGGCCGGGAGGACCUGGAUGUCCUGGGCCUGACCUUUCGCAAGGAUCUGUUUGUGGCCAACGUGCAGUCCUUCCCGCCAGCCCCUGAGGACAAGAAGGCCCUGACGCGGCUGCAGGAGCGCCUCAUCAAGAAGCUGGGCGAACAUGCCUAUCCUUUCACCUUUGAGAUCCCUCCGAACCUCCCGUGCUCUGUGACAUUGCAGCCAGGGCCUGAAGACACAGGGAAGGCCUGCGGUGUGGACUAUGAAGUCAAAGCCUUCUGUGCCGAGAACCUGGAAGAGAAGAUCCACAAACGGAAUUCUGUGCGCCUGGUUAUCAGGAAGGUUCAGUAUGCCCCUGAGAGGCCUGGCCCCCAGCCCACAGCUGAGACCACCAGACAGUUCCUUAUGUCGGACAAGCCCUUGCAUCUUGAGGCUUCCCUGGACAAGGAGAUCUAUUACCAUGGAGAACCCAUCAGCGUUAACGUCCACGUCACCAACAACACCAACAAGACAGUAAAGAAGAUUAAGAUCUCGGUGCGCCAGUACGCGGACAUCUGCCUUUUUAACACAGCCCAGUACAAGUGCCCCGUGGCCAUGGAAGAGGCCGAUGACACCGUGGCUCCCAGUUCAACCUUUUGCAAGGUCUACACACUGACCCCAUUCCUGGCCAACAACCGAGAGAAGCGGGGCCUCGCUCUGGACGGGAAGCUCAAGCAUGAAGACACGAACUUGGCCUCCAGCACCCUGUUGAGGGAAGGAGCCAACCGGGAAAUCCUGGGCAUCAUUGUUUCCUACAAAGUGAAAGUGAAGCUUGUGGUAUCACGGGGCGGCCUGUUGGGAGACCUUGCAUCCAGUGACGUGGCCGUAGAACUGCCCUUCACCCUAAUGCACCCCAAGCCCAAAGAGGAACCCCCACAUCGUGAAGUUCCAGAGAACGAGGCGCCAGUAGAUACCAAUCUCAUAGAACUUGACACAAACGAUGACGACAUCGUGUUUGAGGACUUUGCCCGCCAGAGACUGAAAGGCAUGAAGGACGACAAGGAGGAGGAAGAGGAUGGUACUGGCUCGCCACAGCUCAACGACAGAUAGACUGGGGCCGGCCCUUCCUCCGGGCAGCUCCAGGUCCGCGUUCAUGCACUAGGAUGCUUAUUCGUCUUCUUCCUGUCCUUGUUACCCCUCCCCCUUGUCCUUCUAGUUCCUUCCGGGGGACGGGGGUACCCAGCGGUCUUCCAGGUCACGGUGGUGAACCUCUGGCCUCAGGAUUGGCCCCACGCCAACAGGAUCACGAGGACCACCUUCCCCCGUCACCCCACUCAUGGGUCACCCCUCCAGCCUCUUCUCUUUUCCUGCUGACCCCCAGAAAGGCCAUCCAGGCUCUGGCCUUGGGAUUUUACUUGGGAUGAGGAGCAGAACGGGGAGGGUGGGGCAGAGACACGGGAGAGGAUGCCUGUGGCCCCAGGUGGCUGGCACAGCUCUGGCAGCUAAAAGAUGACCACACUGAGGGCUACCCUCUUCUGGCCAUGAGAGGCACACCUGUGGAUUGAUUCUCAAUACUUUUUACAGUCCGGACCCGCCAAACACCUCUCCUCUUCCACCCCUCCGUCCCCAUCCUGUGUCCCUCUGUGUCUCACAGUGACAUUGGUGAAGGUUCACAGACCCCAGAAGUAGAGAAAAGCCACUGGACUGACUUUCUUACCAGCAGUUACCCAGUCUAAGGCAAGCUGUGUGAACUAGCCCAAGUCUAAUUCAAUCCUCUCAGGAUGUGACAUCCUAGCUACCUUGUACCUUAUGCGUGUGUCAUAUCUAUACACAUGCACAGAGGGAGAAGGGAGGAGUCUUCGCAAAGCACCAACAGGCCGCAUAGUGAGGCCAAGCUCCUGGGGGCUUUUCCAGAAGGAUGGCUCCGAGAGAUGGGGGUUAGGGGUAGGAAGAUGAGUAUCUGCUCAAUUCCCUCCUUUGUAGACUUAAGAGCAAUUAGUGAUCCCACAGGAAGUAAGGCUGGAGGUUCAGAUGGGGCUGGGGACACUGGUCCGGUCCCCUACUACCUCCCUUCACAGCCCUCCAGGGCUGAGCUGGGCUGGCCCCGCAGGAUGGGAGAGUGUGCUUGGGGGUCAUCACGCCCACAGUCAAAGGGCCUCCUGCCCCAGGAGGUGGCAUGAUCCAUCAAGAUGCCCUCCCCUAGAAGGAAGGGGGCUGCUGGGUAGCAAGGAACCCUUCAUUUCUUUGGGGAUUUAAUGAUCCCCCAGUAGGUCCUGGUGUCAUGGAUGCCUGGUACCCAUUGGCUGGGGUUGAUGUGAUUGGGACUUGGGACAGGGCAAGGCAGAUGAUGAGGCAGAAAGUGAUAAAAGGUAUUUGUUCUUGUCUGGUCUUUGAUGCCCACUUACUGUGUGACCUUGGACAAGUUUCUUUCUCUCUCUGGGCCUCAGUUCUUCACCUAGAAGACUGAAGGGUUUGACCAGACUCUGGUCUCCAAGGGAGACCCCAACUCUGGCCUCCAAGAAUUUGUAAAUCUUAGAGCUUCUGGUAUGAUGGGUGGAACCAUCCAGACCACUGACUCUGGUCAGUGGGAACUCCCAAUUCUGGCCUCGAAGAAUUUGUAAACCUUAGAGCUUCUGGUAUGAUGGGUGGAACCAUCCAGACCACUGACUCUGGUCUCUCUGCCUCCAGAGAUGAUUCAGGGCCCCAGAAUUGGCAGGGCCCUGGAGAUCUCCUAGCCCAUCCAUUUCCGUGCCCUUCUUGGGCCACUGGAGGGUCGUCUGAUGUUAAGCUGUGGCCGUAGCUAGCAUGAGCUGCUCGGCCCUAAGACCCAGUAUUAAAGAAGACAAAGCUUAUAUUUGUUUAUGAUAGGGCCUUGGGUACCUCAUAGCUCCCUGUGGCUGCAGACCCCCUAAGGCUCACCCUAUACACAAGCAAAUAUAUUUCUUAGCAGGGUGAGGGGAAUGUCUCCUCCAUCCCUGCUCCCUUUUAUCUGUUCCCAUGCUUGCCUGGAAAAGGAGACAACAAAAAUGUUAUUAUGGGGACUCCACCCUUUUCAGGGCAGCCCCUCCUGGGGUGGGCUGGGUAACCAUUCUCCACGGCAAGAGUGCCCAGUUCACAAGCCCAGCUCAGCACCCUGGCCCUUACCCUUCUGAAUCUCAUGAAGUUGCAAUUCUAGGGAGCCCUACCCCACAGCAGGCCAAGUCAGCUUGCAGCGGCCACGAUCUUCUGGCCAGUUCUGGGGUCCUGGCUGUGGGUACCCCAGGCAUCCAGCCCCUACCAGAACUUGCUGGCAGUUCGCACCUCCUCGGACAGUUGAAGAGUUGAUGAAGGGCUGGAACCCAUGCCAAGCAUAUGCUCUCCUGUGUCUUCCUCUGGGAACUUUGAGGCUGGUAGGAGGAUUUGAGGGGAUCACUCCCCUACCGACUGGCCUCUUCCUCCAUCCCUCAGCUGUGCACACAGAUUUGUCACUCUGGUUUCUGGAGCUUCUUCACCUCAACAUCCACACUCCCCCUUUCGGAUUUGUCCAUGUAUCACUGACUCCCCCAGCUGCAGGAAGUACCAUACUCCCAUCUAGACCUUUACUCUUUGGGCCCAGGGCUGCAGAAGGGCGGCCCCUGUCCUCAGGAAGCUCAUGGUCAGGUGAAAGUCCUAGGGGGAAGCAAUGGGGGCCAUUGGAGUCAGGGGUCCUUGGCUGCUGCUAGUCCAUAUAGUGCCUUGAUGUGAAGUAGAAACAGUCCCCUUCCAGGUGGGUUCCGUCCAUUUGAAUGCUCAGCUUUGAGAAUGGCGCAUAGGCUGGAGUUCAGCCCCACUCGCCCCAGCCAGGUGCAACACAGGCUGGAGUGUUUCCUUGGGUCACUUCCUGAGAGAAAGACCCAUAUCAUCUUUCAAAGCUUCUGCUUGGCUCCAGACCCCACAGUGUUGGCUCUGUGCUGACCCCAGGGCUCUGCACUGGUACCUCCCAGUGCCCCUUGUGGGUGGCAUAGAGAGAGCAGUCUGGGCAGGAAGGAGAGGCCAGGCGCUGGGGGAAAGUCUACAGGCGGAGGCAAGCUGGGCUCCCUCAGCUUUCCGACCAUGAGAAGGGUGAAGUCCUGUGAAGAGAAGGGCUGAAUUAGGUCGGCCUCCAUAGGCACACCAGGUGGGGGGUGGGGUUGCUUCAGCUGCUUGGCUUGUCCCUGACGAGCUGGUUCCCACAUGGUGCUGUGAAAAGCGUGCUGGCCUGGAAGCCCACGGUGUCUCCAGCUCAGUUGUCACCAACCAGCUGAGUAGCCUUGAGCAAGUCUCUCACCCUCUUGGGCUCAGUUUCCCUAACUAGAAAAUGAGACUGUAAUCCCUUCCCCACCUGAUGCAAGGGAUCUGAAGCCCAGAAGAGACAAGAGUCAGCUCUGUAGCUCCGAGUCACACAGGAAGAUCGCUGCGGGCUGUGUCCUCCUCCCACCGGUCUUCAUCUCUUGCCCCCUUCUCCCUUAGGCAGACAUCAACCCGGAGGAGAUGCAGUUAGCUUGGCUUUGGUGACCCACCUGAGAGACAAAUGUGGACACUGCUCAGGAAUGCCUUGCCCACAGAUAGUGGUCCCAGCAAUCAUGACAGAGAGACAAGCCAUGGAUAUUGCAAGUGAUUGGGCUUGGGCAGGGGGCAUCCUGGACCCUUCCAGGCCUGGUGGACCCCCAUCUCCCGUCUUUCAGAUCCCACAGAGGACAGGAAGCCUUGGCUCUGAUCCCAGAUGAGGGAGAGCCACCCACUUCCAGGCCCAGGGAGGGAUGAACUAUCAUUCCAUCAAAGAACCCCAAGGCUGAGGUGGAACAGAAAUUGCCCUUCAAAGUAGAAGCCCUUCCCUCCCCCCCCGCCCCGCAAUCCAGGAUCAAGCACAGCUGCUGAGGCUCCUUCGUGAUACUUGGAAGGGAUUCGGGUCCAGGGGAAACCCAGGCACAUUCCCCUGAGAGCUGAGUCCCUGUGGACUCAUUCACUCCCCAUGGUUACAGCCUCUCACAAAUGCAGCCUUUCCUGCCAGUGACUGGGGGCUGGACAUUCUCCAUCCAUCCCAGAGGAAGGCAUUGACCCCAAUCUUGUAUUAUAGGGUCUCAUGGGCACAGGCUUAUGUUCUAAUUUUUUUUUCUUUUUAAAGUAAAAAAGGACCAAAAUAGACCCUCCGACCCUCAUGCAUAAGGCUGUGUCGAGCAGUCUGAUGGCAUUUUGCCAUCCUGGUCCAGGGAGGUCCAUCACUUCUGUCCCCCAUCCAAGGCUGAAAUGGCCUACCUGUGGGGCAGGAUCCCCACCUCUUCCACUCCCGUGUCUACACGGUGGCUUCAACGAGAGGCCCAACAAAGGGGGAGCACCCUCCCACCCCAGCACUCUCUCCAAAAGGGAAAUCAAAGCACAGGUCCCCAGGACCCAUGACCUAUAGACACUCUGAUGCAGUGGUUUUUCAAACCAGGUGCUGUGGAACCCCUGGAGUUCCACAGAGCUUCGCCAGGGGCUGCUAACGUGGGACAGUGGGGGUGGAGGCAAAGGCUCGGUCUCCAGCUCUCCCCAAUCCCCACUUCCACCAGGACAAUUCUGCUUUUAUCUGUCUUGCCUCUUGAGGUUCCACCUUCAAACUUUUGAAGAAAAGCUUCUUCAAACCACCAUUCUGAGGUUUGAUCUUCAACCAGCAAGCACAGGUUCUCUUCCUGCUUUUCAUGUUGGAAUGGCUUUAGCAUUCCAGUACAAAGUGGCUUGUACUGGAACUUGGGUUGCAGACCCAAGUCCAAGCAUUUGCUUACACUAAAUACACGUACUCGUUUGAUGGUUUUAUAGCUCACCCACCAUGGAAGCUUCCCUGUCUUGGGUUUGAUUUGGUCUUACCUUGGUAUCAGCCAUGCAGAGUGGGGGACAACAGAGCAAGGAAAUAGGCCCAGCCCCCACCUCACGACUUAUGUCUGCACCCCACUUCCCUGACCCAGGCCUAUGGGACACAUGAUGGGAGAAGGAGAAAUUAGUCUCAGGUUCCUCUUUACAUAGAGCCAGAUGGAUGGAUGUCUGGGUUCUCACAAAAGAAAAUUGAGGGAGGACAUUAUACAGAAGUCCCUCCAUGAGGACACGACAGGGUCCCUCCAGAGACCUUUAAAGCAGCCAGUUUCCCUUGAGAAAUUCUACUAGGCUUCCACUCCCACAUCUGUGGACAAGCAAAUAUGUGGGCAACAGGAAGGUUCUGGAAGAGAUGUUGGUCCUCCACCCACAGUCUCUGCCAACCUGUCCAUCUGUUCAGGCCCCCCCACCAGGGCUGGCUGAGGGGUGGCACAUUGGUGAGACCCGGACUAGCCCUUGACACAGAAUCCUGCCUGGGGCUCUCACUGAGAGCAUUCUAGGUGAAAAUGCGGGUCUCAGGGCCCAGCAGAUCAUGUAGCAUGGGAGAAAGAGAGUUCUAUGUUCAGUCCGAGUACACUCUUAGGUAUCCCACUGACCUCAGUUUCCCCAGUGUGUAAGAUGGGGCUUGUGCCGGGCUCUGACCACCUCGCAGAUUACUGAAAAGGAAGGUCAUGGGGGGUAUGAUAGGUGAUGUCCUAUGAGAGGUGGGAGCCGCACAAACUCGGGGUGUGGUCAUGGCCUGCACCGCAGAUCAGCAGAGCACUUGAGGGGAUGAGUAUGGGAUAAUGCCAUCUUCCCAUACUCUUGCACUUCCCAGACUCGACUCUGCUCCCCAUCUCUGCUCAGAGCUAAGGACCACAGAUGCUAUGGGAGAUUCCUCCUCUUCCUACCCAAUGGGAGUCAGCAUUCAGCCUGGCAUAGUGACUGUGGAUCCUGGACGCAGGGAGUGACAGGUGGCUGGGACAGGUCUCCAGGUCUGUAGCCCUUCUGUUAAGUGAUUAUUUUGUGACACCCUCUUUCCUGGGCCACCUGCCAGGUUUAUCUGUUGUACCUGUGGCAUUCCUUAUUAUGUCAGAUAAGUUAUUACAGUUUAUUCAACUCUAACAGGACAAAUGAACAAGAGAACCAUAAUUAGGAGACCAUUAAAGGUCUUUUGUGACAGA